AUGAAAUGCAACGCCGACAUCCGCAAGGACCUCUACGCCAACAUUCUCAUCUCCGGUGGCACCACCAUGUUCCCUGGUAUCGCUGAUCGCAUGCAGAAGGAGAUCACUUUGCUCGCUCCGAGCACCACGGAGGUCAAGAUCGUCGCGCCACCUGAGCGCAAGUACUACGUCUGGAUGGGUGGCUCACUUCUUGCCUCCCUCGCCACCUUCCAGCCGAUGUGGAUUUCCAAGCAGGAGUACGACGAGUCUGGACCUGGCAUCGUCAACCGCUAA